AAACUUAUUAAAUAGAUCAUAUUGAGCCUUGCAAAUUGUGAGAUAUCUACAGCGCCUUGCCAUGAAGUGGAGGUUCAAGGUUGAGUACACAGAGGAGCAAAGGAAAAGCGAGUCUGCAAAAAUCCGAGCGAAAUACCCUGAAAGAAUUCCUGUGAUUGUGGAGAAAGUGCCCCGCUCGGAGAUCGACGAAAUCGACAAGAGGAAGUAUUUGGUACCCAGUGACAUCACAGUUGCACAGUUCUUGUGGAUCCUGCGCAAGAGAAUCCACCUGCCCCCAGAAAGAGCCCUGUUCCUCUUCGUCGGAAAGAUGAUCCCAUCCACCAGUUCAAAUAUGGGAACGCUGUACGACGAUUACAAGGACUCCGAUGGCUUCCUAUACAUGGCGUACAGCGGAGAGAAUGUGUUUGGAUAGAGGGAUUUCAACUACAGUUGAUGCUCCUUGUUGACAGGAGGCAACGGGGGAUUUUAGUCGAUUUGCUCUCGAACUGAUCUUAUAUGAUUCCGAAUAGUAUUUACGUAACUAUCAGUAGUAGUUACACAUAUAGAUAACUGUUAGAUUUUAGAUGAAUUUUUAAACCUUCAUUAUAACUGCAUUCGUAGUACCAGGCCGAACGACCCACUCCAUUUUCCAACUUAUUAGUACGAAAGCUUCUAGAAAUGUACACCACUUCUGUAAUAUACCUACAACAUGAGGGUUAUUGCGACACUUCAUUUCACAAGUUUUGCGAACAUAUUUGUGGUGUUUGUUCAGAGUAUUUAUGUUCCCCAUCUUUGGAAAGUACUUUGUCGGCCUGGUGCGCAAGAUUAAGAUGGAUCAUUUCUAUCCCUAUCGUAACAGCUUGAAUUUUCUUUCAAUCGGUGUUUUCAUGAUUCGCAUGUUGCCGUGUGUUUUAGUUUGACGAGGUUGAAGGUUCGAACUUUUCUAUUAGUUAACAAAUAUAUGCAGAAGUGAUUUUAAGUUUCAUCUGGUUUUAAGUGGGCAAAUAAACAAGUUCCGAAGUUUUUGAUGAGUAACAAUGAUAAAUGUAACCAGCUUUAAUGUUGAUGUAAUGAGUGUUGGUUGACCUCAAAUGCUUUUUCUUUCCUGUGGCAUUAUUUCGUUGACAAAUUAAAUCAACACAAGAACAGAAUGGGUCAACAAAUACUAACAAAUAAAAUGAACCAAAUGAAUGUCAACCUUCUUAAUAACUCAUUUUGCAAAAUCAUGUUUGUGUGCUGUAAUUUUCAUGCGCGAAAUUUGGAAAUGAUUACAUCUGACUAAAAACAAAACUAGUGGAAAAA